AUGCCAUCCACAACAAUACUGCUUGCAGUAUUGAGUCUACUUUUCCUAAAUGUGGACGCGGCGGACUCUGAGGGGAAAUCCUUCAUUUUCCUAUUUACGAGAAAUAGUGACCAAGCGAUGAACGGAAAUACAAGGAUAUGGGUCACCCUUAUCAACAAGGGGCCGAACCCAAUCUUCGUAACCCUGGAUUUUCCCACCUCACCGGCAAAUCCGAGUGUCGAACAGUGGACGAAUGCCAAUGUCACCGUUGGCGCCAGUGAUUAUGCAGAUGUUGAUCUACCCCCAGCUCUGGCCUGGGAGUACGCAAAUUCGGGAUUUGCAAAGAGCUAUGACACUCGAGUUUACAUCACGGCCAAUGAUACCAUUACUGUCCUUGCCAAUAAUCAGAAUAAUUUAACGAUGCAGACGGAUACUUUCUUGGUGAAUCCAAAGGAAUUCGUGACCAACCUGGCUGCCGGUACCUAUCGAUACGCUGUCGCAGCGCCCAAACCGACAAUUUCAAGCCAGUUCACGGUCUUCACUUUUAUUCCUCUAACCGGAGACUUUACUUUGACGUUGACGGUGGGAGGAGGACAAACAUUGACCCAGGAUCUGACAUUCACGCGCGGCCAAUGGCAAUAUUAUUACGGAACGAAUAGUUUCGAGACACACGACCCGGUCAUAUAUGCUAGCGGUAAUAAGCCCUUUGCUAUGGUUGUCUCGAUCUCAUGUGGCCCGACAGCUGAUCCGCUAAGAUGCGAUCAUUCUGCUUUCAUGCCACAACCCUUGACCAGCGAUUAUUUCGAUACGUAUCCUAUCCUCGAUGAUCGCCAUCUUACUGAUCUACUCUCCGCACAGAAGUUCUAUAUAGCCCCACCCCGGAGCGACGUCGCAAAGUUCAACGUCCUGGGAAAUGUGACUCAAAAUGGAACUAACGUUGGAAUUACAACUAUCCCGAUCGAUCCGUCGUCCGCGAACUCUUUCACUUUCCCGCAAUUUGAAUAUGGAGAUAUUGCCGAUCUCCAGAGCCAGAAUGCGCUUAUUCAAAUUACUCGAAUGGGUGGAGUGCCGUACGCGCGUACUGGGGGUGCCUUUUUGAACACGGUACCGGCUUGGUCACAAGCGUCUGGCGACCAAUUCUCCUUCGUCACGAGAUACCCCAGCGACAAAUUGAUGUGUUUCAUCAACUCAGCUGCGUUUGUUGGAGGCUCGUUAGAUGGGCAACUAUUGACCACCAUGACCAGGAUAGAUUUCAUCGAGGUUCGCAUCGGAACUCAACUUAUCUGGCUGUUCGUGACCCCGAUCAACACCCCGGGAUACCAUAAAUUUUCUCCCGCGACUGGAGUUACACUUUGUUAUGUGACCGGAAAUGCAAAUUCCGGAUCGGCUUAUGGAUACCUCGCGAACUUCAAUCGUGAGGCAGCAGUUAAAUUUGUUUGCCAACGUUUCUACAACUACUUCGACGACCACGACGACGACGACUUUUACUACUGCUACCACGACAUCAGGAACCGGUACACCGGCGACAACGACAACAGGCACGCCGGGAACAGGACCGACUCCAUCGACCAAUACCGCCUCUACAGCUACUGUUAUCACGGCCGCACCCAGUUCUGCUACAGCCACAGUUACAACCCCUACCGGAGCCACUGUCACCAUUGCCUCUACAACCGUUCGAGACGAGACCGGUGCGGCUGCGUCAAGAUGCUGCGGUUAGUGAUACUAUCAACAGCCGUCGUAGCAGCUGCUUACGCUGAGGAUCAAGCUGCGGCUCGCCCAAGAGAUUUAUUGCCAAAGGGCGUCCAACAGCCCUACAAGGAUACUUCCUUCCAAAUCGAUGCCCCUACCGCCGAUCGUUCGGUACGAAACUUGGACAUUUCCGAGCACCGUCAGAAGCGAUCAGCGGGCGAAAUCGUCGAAGGUCGCGCCCGUGGUGUGACAACUUUCAACAAGCGUCAAGCCUACGAUUUCCCUCCCCAACAACCAAUCUAUGUCCCGCCCAGCCGUCCCUUCACUCCGGUUCAAAAGCACAGACCUGCCGCUCCGCGAAGACCCGUCGGCCGAAGGCCCCACAAGCAAUAUAAGGCUCCCGGACAAUCGCCGAGUGCCGGUGUUGGUGGAGCCGGAGCUUCCGAUUACCCUGACAAUCCCCCAAAGCACGGCAAGCCCAAGCAGCCCAGUGAGGACGCCACCCGAUAUUAUUAUCCGCCCCGCUUCCCGCUCCCACUUUCCAAGUGCUUCCAUAACCCGACCGGGUACGUUUGCUGCAAUGCCGAAUUGAAUGAUAUGAUGGUCGGUACAUUCACUGACCUGGAGGCUAGACCGAAAUUCCAUACUUGCAACAUUCAGAAGUUGGCUAAUGAGCUUCAGGACCGUGCCCAAAAGCGCUUCAACGAGACCUUCGAGACCAUUGCUUCAUUUGAAGACUUUGCCCAGAAGAUUCAUUUCAAGGGAGACCUUGUCUGCAAAGUGGAGCUUGGCGGACGGUACAUGCUCGCCUACGCUUCCGUCCCAAAUCUAAGCGAAAACACUCUCCCUCCCGUCGAGGGUCCCAUUGAGGAGCACCACAUCUCCAGGAGGAGCGUCAUCCGUAUGUAUCCCAAGGCACCGAUGCCAAUCCGGAACCGUCGCAAUGUCCCGAAAAAACCUCAAACCUCCCUAAAUGGCAAUCCACUUGUCGGCAAUGGCAGAGCGCGCAAAGAAAACCGUUUCCUAAAGGCGCUCUACGAGAAAAACGGCUAUCCCUCCUACUCUCAAUCAAAGGAAACACAUUCCGAACCAGAUGUGCCCACCAAACUCCCUUUUCUGCCGGAACGGAAAAGCUAUGAGAAAAAUCACAUCAGAAGCAGAAGCGAGCCACGUGCCCUGGAUGAGCUCGAUCAGAUGGCCGACGUCGACGUGAAAUCCGUGGGCAAGAAAGUUGGCCUAGAGGUCUUCCGCGUGCACGAUUUCAAACUCGAGCCCGUACCCGAGAACCAGCAUGGCGUCUUCUUUGUCGGAGAUUCCUAUGUGGUGCUGAAGACAAAACGUGAAGACGAAUGGGAUCUGCAUUUCUGGCUCGGCAAGAACAGCUCAACGGUUUUUCCUGCCAAAUAUAUCGAUAAAGCUAUUAAGGAUGAGAUUGGAACCGCGGCGAUUAAGGCUGUGGAAAUCGAUCAAGCGUUGGGAGGUUUUCCGACUCAAUACCGCGAGAUUGAGGGCAACGAGUCUCCACUCUUCAUGUCCUAUUUCAAAAAUGGCAUUCGCUACCAAACGGGAGGCUACGAGAGUGGAUUCAACAACGUUGAGGAUGCGCUGAAGGAUUUCAAGCCUAGGCUUUUCCGCUGCAAGGGCAAGAGAAACGUCAGGUGUCAACAGGUUGAAUUCUCAAAGGAGUCGCUGAACCUUGGGGAUGUCUACAUCCUGGAUUUGGGUCGUGAUAUCUACGUUUGGAUGCCGCCGGAGGCUGGUCGUCUCGAGCGCAUCAGUGGAAUGCUCCGUGCCAAGAAUAUUUCCCUUCACGAGCGUUUCGGUGAAGCUAAGGUCCAUAUUCUUGAUGACGAAUGGAAGACCAGCGUGGAGUUCUGGAAACAUUUUGGUGGAAAAGAAGUGAUCGGCUCGAUUGCCAAGGCUGUGAAUGAUGAUGAGGGCUUCUGGGCCAAUAUCAAGGACCAAGUCACCUUGUGGAAGGUGUCCGAUGAAUCUGGCGAAGUUAAGGUGGAAUGGGUUGCUAUGGGUGAUGAUGUUACACACGAGAAGUUGAACACAAAUGAUGCCUACGUUCUGGACGCAUGCACAGGCGGUAUCUUCGUCUGGAUCGGAAAAGGUUGCUCAAUGGAUGAACGCGGAAAAGCAAUGCAUUGGGGCCAGUCUUACCUCGCCCAGCAGAAACUUCCGGGAAACACACAAAUCACUCGUGUGCUUGAAUCAACCGAGCCGGGCAUGUUUAUCCAGUGGUUCUCGAAGUGGAACGAUCAGAAGAAGAAGAACCAAUUUGAGCCUAAGCUUUACCAGGUAUCUGACGCUUCUGGCAAGCUCGUAUGCGAGGAAAUUGCUCAAUUCCAACAAGAGGACCUUGAUGGUGAUGAUGUUAUGAUUCUGGAUGCACUCCACGCCAUCUACGUCUGGGUCGGAAUCGGAGCCACCCCAAAUGAGAAGAAGCAGGCUACGGAAAUUGCCAAGAAAUUCUUGGAGCAAAGCAAGCUGCCGCGUCAAAAGGGCACGGCUAUCGCCACCAUCUACCAGUCAAAGGAGACGCCGAUGUUCAAGAAGUUCUUCGACACAUGGGAUGACGACAUGUUCAAGCUGGAUUCCCGCUCGGUGGCCAGCAUGAGGAAGCUGAUCUUUACC